AUGGAUCCUGAACGCAGGCUGACGAUUUUGCGCGAUUACGCAAAGCGCCCGGACCCGGAGAGCUUGCGAAACUCCAUCCGCUUCUCUCAUACGGAAACCACCCUGACCGUGUUCGACCGUUAUCCCAAGUCCAUCUUCCAUUUCCUGGUUCUACCUCGUAUUUUGCCCAGGGAGUCUCGGCCUACCGGUCUCAGGACCGCGCACCUGGACAACCUGCGCUCGCUCCUCUCCGCCGACAGAGAAUGCGCCAAAGCGGUUCUACUGGCACUGAAGAGGGACGUGCAACCUUUGAAGGCUGCGAUAGAGCAGGAGAUGCUUGACAGGUACGGUUGCACAUGGCCGAUUUGGAUUGGAUUCCAUCCGAUCUCGUCUAUGCUACAUCUUCAUCUCCACGUCCUCUCCGCAGAUUUGUGCGAAAAGGGGAUGAAGACAAAGAAACACUACAACUCGUUCCAUCCGAAGAUUGGGUACUUCUUACCUCUGGAGGAAGUGCUCUCUUGGUUCGACGGCGUGCCCAGCUACUUUGAAUCCAAAGCCAGGCUGCUGCAGUCGGAUUAUCAGGAUCUCCUGAACGAAGAUUUGACGUGCUUCCGGUGCCGGGCGGAGUUUACGACCAUGCCGAAGCUCAUCGAGCACCUGAAGCAGGAGUUCGCGGAGGAGACAGAGAAGAAGCGGACGCGAAGGAAGCGCUAUUCGGAGAUUCGUGACAGGAUAGGGAGUUCCAGCAAGCCGCGCGAGUGA